CGUUGUCAGGUGGUGCUGCUGUGGAAAGAUGUGAUCGGGGGGUCAGAGAGAGGAGGCUUUUCCUGAUUGCUCAUUUCAGUAAUAAUAAAACAACUUCUGAAAUUACAAACGACGUUCUCGUUUGGUUGGGAAAACAAAGAUCAAUGCGCCGCGCUGAUUAGAAAGCAGAGAGAAUGCCCCUGGUCUAGAAGAGAUCGUUUCCCCGGUUGUUUUGGGUCAAGCAGCAGGAUGUCCAAGCGGCGGAUGUCCAUGGAGAGGCUUUCCGGGGAGAGCUCCGGCCGGGCCAGCAAGCUCCUGUGCACGGGAAUAUCGGGAAUAUCGGGAAACAACGGGAAGAGAGCCGGACCCUUCAUCCUGGGUCCUCGCUUGGGGAACUCUCCGGUGCAGAGCAUAGUUCAGUGUCUGGCCAGAAAAGACGGGACCGACGAUUUCUACCAGCUGAAGAUCCUGACCCUGGAGGACCGGGCGGACUCGGGGACGGAGACGCAGGAGGAGCGGCAGGGGAAGAUGCUCCUGCACACGGAGUUCUCCCUGCUCUCCCUGCUGCACGCCCAGGACGGAGUGGUACACCAUCACGGCCUGUUCCAGGACCGGGCGUACGAGGCGGCGGAGGACCUGGACUCCUCGAAGAGCCGGAGGAUGAAGAAGCGGAUCUGCCUGGUGCUGGACUGCCUGUGUGCACACGACUUCAGCGAGCGCACGGCGGAGCUCAUCAACCUGCAGCACUACGUCAUCAAGGAGAAGCGUCUGAGCGAGCGAGAGACCAUCGUCAUCUUCUACGACGUGGUGCGCGUGGUGGAGGCUCUGCACAAGAAGAACAUCGUUCACAGAGACUUGAAACUGGGGAACAUGGUGCUAAACAAAAGGACACACAGAAUCACCAUCACAAACUUCUGCCUGGGGAAACACCUGGUGAGUGAGGGAGACCUGCUGAAGGACCAGAGAGGGAGCCCCGCCUACAUCAGCCCGGACGUCCUGAGCGGCCGGCCGUACCGGGGUAAACCCAGUGACAUGUGGGCGCUGGGGGUGGUGCUGUUCACCAUGCUCUACGGACAGUUCCCCUUCUACGACAGCAUACCUCAGGAGCUCUUCCGCAAGAUCAAAGCUGCAGAGUACAGCUUUCCAGAGGACGGGCGUGUGUCGGAGAACACGGAGUGUCUGAUCCGGAAGCUUCUGGUGCUGGAUCCCCAGCAGAGGCUGACCGCAGCUGAGGUGCUGGAGUCACUCAGCGGAAUCAUCGCAUCCUGGCAGUCCGUCUCCUCUCUCAGUGGGCCUCUCCAGGUGGUGCCUGACAUCGACGACCAGGUGAACCACCCAGAGCUCCUACAGGAGGCGAAGGUGGUAGAGGAGUGUUCUCAGUACGAGUUUGAGAGCUACAUGCGGCAGCAGCUGCUGCUGGCGGAGGAGAAGAGCUCUCUGCACUCUCUCCACGAGGCCCCGGGCCUCCUGCGGCCGAGGCCGCUGGGCAGCAUCCCGCCGGUGCGCCGUCUCGGCCGGGACGCCCAGCCCGUCAGCCCCCUGGAGGCGGCCGUGCUCGCCCAGCGCUUCCUCCGCAAGUAACCCUGACCCCCGGCCCCCGGCCCCCGGCCCCCGGCCCCCGGCCCCCACAACAAAC